AGGACGUCUGCCUGUACGCGUUUGACCGGUUGAGGUAUGGACGGUUGUUGGUGGAGACGCUGGAGUUUAUCUUGAAAAAGCACGCGGACCAGAAAGAGGAGUUUGAAACGUUGCAGGAAAAGGGGGAGGAGUGCGGGAGAGUGAUUAGCGGGUACAAAAUGGAGAUAUUGGAAUUGGAUAAAGCGCUGAAGGAGGUACAGGUGGCGCAAUACGACGAAAUACUGCAGAUUCAUGGUAUCUAUUUGUGUAUUUCUAUUCAUACAUAAGGUCAUGCUUUGUUGUUUGUUGUUCUGUCUUUUCAGUGACCGGAUAGAAAUUUCAUCUCGAUGACGAGAAAACAGGAUGCAUUGAUUUUUUAUACCUGCAUAUAAAUAGUUGACAAAAUAAAGACAAAAACAACUCUGGAUCAUAUCAGAACGGAAAUCCGACUGGCUGUGCCCCGUCUGUGCCUACCGCAACUACCAAAGGAACAAAGUUUGCCGCGAGUGCAUGAAGCACGGGCGGACAGUGUAUAAUAACUGCACCGCCCCGGGGCCGCAGGAGGACGAGAAUCUUCAAGAGAAGAGAGCUGCGGGUGCACAUUAUCGGGAUGAACAAUUACCGACGAUUCACGAAGAAGAAGAGGAACAUGAUCUUUGUGAGCAGAAGGACGUGGACGUCGCGCAGAAGGACGAGCUCCACAUGGAAUCGCAGCAAGAGGUUCUACUUCUAGAUGCGGUCGUCCAGGACAAUUUACACGAAGAUGAUGAACAUAAUUCGAAGCAACCAGACGAGGAGCAGAAGUCCAACAUCAAGGCGGCAAUAUUAAAGCAACAAGAAGAAGAUGAAUUCGACGUCGCAGGGACGAGCCGCGAGAAAAAAGUCCCGAAUUAUUGUUCUACGACGGGGGCAAGUAGUACAAGCCCCGCCUGGGUACUACGACAACUACAGGCUCCUCACUCGGGACGAGACAACUCCUCGUCGUCCACUGCUACCCCGGCUGAGACGGCCAAGAAGGAGAAUGAUCCGGUGGAGAUGAACAGAAAACCGUUCGGCAUGAAGAGGCUGGGUGGUUUACUCCCGUUCCUCAGCAAGGCUGCGUCGAUCCAAGCAGCACCAGUAAAGACAGAUGACCUCGUCCAAUGUGGCACUGUUUCUCUUUCCAGAAAUGCAGGAGGAGGAAGCACCAGCAGCCGUAGUAGUAGAGCACCGCUGGAUCAUAGGAAUGAUACUGAAAAUGAAGCAGUCUCCAAGCACCCGGAUAAAAGUUUUUCAAAGCCUGGGUUCAUUCGCAUCGACGGGCGGUGGUACCCGGAUUUUUAUACGGGUUCAAGGGAUGAACAGCCGAGAAAUACUACGGAGAACAACAAGGUCGAGAAUAAUUACCGGAAAAGCGGAAGCUCAAGCUCUUCCUUAAAAGUGUAA